CCCGGAAGUGUUGUAUGUUGUUGCCAUGCGGUGACUUGACUCCGGUGUCCACGGCAGACAUAACGGUAGCAUCCGUCCGUUGACGUCUGCUGGAGUACAGCGGUACUUUAGUAACGGGGGAGUCUGUCCGUUGUUUCAGGGGAGCAGUAUUAGAGGCGAUGAAGCUAUUCGAGUUAAAAGAUGAUCGCCUCACUUUCUAGAGGAAGUUUGCUGGAUGAGGUUCUGCAUGGAGGCUUCAACGAGCAGCAGCUGGCAGCUUAUGUUUCCUGGGUGAACGCUCAGCUGAAGAGGAAACCAGGGCUGAAGCCCAUCACUGACCUCAGGCAUGAUCUGCAGGAUGGAGUGGUGCUCACACAGCUCAUAGAGAUAGUUGCUGGGGAAGUGCUUGAGGGAGUGUACGUGUCUCCACAAAACAAAGAGGAAAGCAGGAAGAAUGUGGAGCAAGUCUUGCAGUUCAUUUCCUCCAGGCACAUACGCAUGCCGCACAUAUCCGCAAGAGAUAUUGUGGAUGGUAAUCUGAAAUCUGUAAUGAGGAUCAUUCUGGCAUUGGCUGCCCACUUCAAACCCUCAGCCAAUCACAGAGCUGCUUCUGGAACUGGGAGGAGCUUAACAAGAGGCUCUUCCAGCCACAACCCUCUCUCCACUGUUGCACUAGCACAAGGUGCAGCUGCGGCACUGGCGUCAGCACGACAUGAUGCCUCACAGCCUGCAAGUGCUACACGCAUCUACAGUGGUUGGGGGUUGGAUGUGGAAAAGAGUGUGUGUGUUCGUGCACUGGUUGAACAGUAUGAGAGAGGAUCUCCAGAAGAGCAGGACAAUUUACAGUCGAACAGCCUCAGCUCAGUCAGUCCGCUGGCAUCUCCAAGAGCUCCACCCAGCAGCCACUCAGACAGACAGCAGGAAGAUCGCCAACAACAGGAGAGCAGCGCUGAGUCAUCUCAUGUUAUAGCCGAGACAGCGUGGGAGGAUUCUGUCAGUGAAACUUUGGAGAAGGAGGUGCAGGAGACGCGUAAAAUGGUGUCAGCUCUACAGGCUCUGCUACUGCAUGGUUCGCUGCCUGAGGAUGAGCAGGAUGUGUCUUUAACUUUGGAACAAGGCAACACUGAUCAGCAACUGGUAGUCAUUCGCAGUCGUUUGGACCAGAGUAUGGAAGAAGCUCAGGAGCUGAAGAGGGAACUGUUGCGCUGUAGGCAGGAGAUGAGAAACCUGCAGGGAGUCAAGGAGGCCCAGCAGCAGAGGUUAUGCACUCAGGAGGCAUCGAUACUGCAGAUGAAGCAAGAGCUUCUCAGAGCCGGCAUGACUAAGGAUGAACUCAACAACCAGAAGGCAGAGCUACAGUGGAAGCUGGAGGAAUGUACCAGGCUGUGGGGUGAAUGCAAGAAGGAUGUAGGACAGAAGGACAGACUACUGCAGCAACUCAAACACAAGCUUGAAGAAAGCCAAAAACAACAGAGUGAAUUGCAAAAAGAAGUGGAGCAUAAAAACAACACGCUGCAGGAGCUGAUGAAUAGAGAUCUGCAGCAGAUAUCCACUGGCACAGAAAACAAUGGAUACUCUUACUCUGGAAAUCCAGCUCCUUCUGUGUCAAGUCAGACAGAGGAGGUUCAGCUCCUCAGAGAUGCACUUAGGAGUUUAAGGAACAACUUCAGAGACCACGACCCACAGCACCACACACUGGACACCCUGGAGCAGGGCAUUGUGUCACUCAUCGACAGACUGCAUGUUCUGCAUACACACCAGGGAAGAGGAAAAUCUCCAAGACGCAAAGGUCAGCACACAGACUCUGACUCUUGGCCAAAGGUUUCUCAAUCCCACAGCAGUUCAGCUGCCUCCACUAAAAUCCUUUAUUUCACUGGAAAAUCCCCAACACCUUCCAUGAUCAAUAUACCGAAGAGGCUUGGCGAAGUUACUCUCAAAGACGUUAAGGCAGCUGUAGCUCGAGAGGGAAACUACAGGUACCACUUCAAGGCCCUGGACCCUGAGUUUGGCACUGUGAAGGAAGAGGUAUUCAUGGAUGGAGCAAUUGUUCCUGGCUGGGAAGGUAAAAUUGUGGCCUGGGUAGAGGAGGACCGUGGUGAGGAAAGGCCAUUGUAGGUUCAAGCAGAGGAGUCAUGACCGUUUUUUUUUUGCUUUUGCUCCUGAUCCCAGAAGCACAUCAGGACAGCUGUUCAGAACAGAGGCACAAGUGGACACUUUUUGAGAUUCGACUUAUUAGAAAAAUACUGUAAGACUUGUCAGCAAGAGAUUUGGGUUGAUCAGCUGAUAUUAAACCCUACUCACUUUGAAACUGGUAAAUCUGUGACUGAUGUUUGUAAUAUCAUAGAACUCAGUGCCUUACAAAGGAAAGCUAUUUCCAUCAUGUGCUUAUAAUAGCCAGGCUGUAACUGUAGCAUCUCAAUUGGACUCAAAAGCAGCCAGAAACAUAAUGUUUGAUUAACAAUAGUGUUGUUUCACCUCUAGCUGAGGCCAGAGGUUCGUAUGAGGAACUGGAAAUAAUUACAAAGUCAUUUUCAAGUGUUCGGUAUCACUUUUCAUUCCUUGUGCAGCAGUGUUGUCUUUAAAACAAAUCCCACCACUUUACAUGUUAGAAAUAUGUAUUGUACAUUGUCAUUGAUUGUGAAUGUAAAGUGAAUAUACAGUAUUAUCUACCAUGGCAGUGAACAGGAAAAUAAUUUUGCUGGGUUAGAAAAAUAUCAUUUUUAUUGUUUUAUAAUACAAAUAAUACAAAAGGACAGAAAAUAUCAGAGCAACUUUGUACAACAUUAACUUUGUUUAAUGGUGCACAAAGUUUCUCCUCAUUCUGUCCAACUGCUGACAAAAUACACUGAUCAGAUACCAGCUACUAUCGCUAUGAUUAGGUUUUGUAUUAGUUAUAUAUGAUAGCAGUAAGAAGGACGACGGUCAUAUGGAGAUGUCCAAACAGAAAGUUCUAUUGCAAAAAGAAAAAAAAAACACUUGAAUGUAUUUUAGACUGAUGAGUUUCAGUAAAAAGGACCCAGGUUUUGGUUUAAAUCUCAGACUGUAGCACACCAGCAUGCAUGUUCACCAACAUGCUCCAACUGAACUGCUGUUAGUGAAUAGAAAUGCAGAUAAAAAAAAAAAAGCACUGUUAUUUUGUUUACUUUAUGAAGUUGUUUUGUACAUUUGUGUAAAGUAUUUUCACCAUAUCCUUAAAUAUUUGAAGUUUAUGAGUUUUUUGUUUAAAGAAAGAUUCUUAUAAGGUGAGAAUGCUUCUGCUCCUGUUUCAAAGAUGAUGUGGAGAUGAAUUUGACAUGAGAUUUAAAGGAUGUCAGACUUUUGAGCCGGAGUAAUGGACCAUCCCGCUAUUUAUGGUUUGUGUGUGUAUGUAUGUAUGUGGACUCAGGAUGGACCUUUGACCCCUAAAUGCUAGAAAAACUGUAAAAGUAAAAUGGAGUUGAUUACGUGAUGCAGUAAAAUGCCCUCAGUGUUGAGAUAACUGCAGACACAUCUGUACAGUUACACAGUCUGUACUGAAACUGGCUAUCACACACUUUUUCCUUCACUGUGCUUCUAUCUUCCCAUUUGGGAUCAAUGUGUUUGCCUUCUCUAACAAGACAAUAGAAAUAUGCAUCAGUCUUUUUUUUAAGUAAGACCCAUUUGAAUGCCAUAACUGCCUGAACUGUAAAAUGUACAAGUUACUGGUGAGAUGGUUAUUUUCUUUAGGAUAUGUUCGCUGAUUUUUUUUUUUUUUUUUUUUACAAACAAUGUUAAAAAAAAAAAAAAAAAAGGCCUUUGUUGAUUGUUCGAAAGACUGAUAUUGUGGAAUAAAACCUGAGUUUUGUUUUUAAAAGGA